AUGGGAGGGGUUUGUUCUGGUGGAACAGAAAGGCAAAGCAUGAAAGUUGGGGAGGAGAAGAAUCGUAAUAGUGGUAUGAAGCUAAGGUCAUUACAUAGCAUAGGCAAGAAAAAAGAGAGUCCUUAUAGGAAUAGUAAUGGGGAUGAUUUCGGGAAAACGACGCCACAGAGUCAUAAUUCUGGUGAGUUUUUAUCAUUUUUUUCAAGGGAAUUCAAGCCAUCAACGCCUGCUAGGACAGAGGUCAACAAGAUUAAUCAAAAGAAGUCGUUUUUAGGAAAAGCUGGGACAGUGGGAUUAGAGAAAGCAGUUGAAGUUUUGGAUAAUUUAGGAAGUAGCAUGUCAAACUUGAACCCCAGAGCUGGAUUUGUCACUGGAUUGGGUUCUAGAGGGAAUAGAAUAUCCAUAUUGGCAUUUGAAGUAGCUAAUACAAUAUCCAAAGGUGCAAACUUGUUUCAAUCUCUUUCAGAAGAAAGUGUUCAGUUCUUGACAAAAGAGGUACUACAUUCAGAAGGAGUACACAAAUUGGUUUCCACAGAUAUGAAAGAGUUGCUCAUAAUUGCCGCUUCUGAUAAAAGGGAGGAAUUUGAUGUUUUCUCACGAGAAGUGAUUCGGUUUGGAGAUUUAUGUAAAGACCCUCAAUGGCACAAUUUGGGUCGAUAUUUUUCAAAAUUAGAUUCAGAAUAUUCAAUUGAUAGGCAAAAUCGAACAGAGGCAGAAGUGACAAUGCAAGAGCUGACUACUCUGGUGCAGAAUACUUCUGAACUAUAUCAUGAGUUGAAUGCUUUGGACAGAUUUGAACAAGAUUAUCAGCGAAAGCUUGAUGAAGUGCAGUCCCUAAAUCUCCCCCAAGGAGAAAGUCUCACGAUUUUACAUAGUGAGCUAAAACAACAAAGAAAGCUUGUAAGGAGCUUGAAAAAGAAAUCUCUUUGGUCUAAAAAUCUGGAAGAGAUCAUGGAGAAGCUUGUUGAUAUUGUUACCUACUUACAACAAGCAAUCUUGGAAGCUUUUGGAAAUAAUGGUGUUAUAUUGGUUGACAAGGAGCCUGGCAACAGUCCUCAAAGACUUGGCAAAUCUGGUCUUGCAUUGCAUUAUGCUAACAUAAUCAACCAGAUAGAUAAUAUCACUUCUCGACCCACCUCCCUUCCUCCGAAUACGAGGGACAGUUUGUAUCAAGGGAUACCAAACAGUGUUAAGGCAGCUCUACGCUCGCGGUUGCAGAUGGUUGAUGCCAAGGAAGAGCUCACGGUACCUCUGGUGAAAGCUGAAAUGGAAAAGACUCUCCAUUGGCUUGCGCCCAUUGCCACAAACACAACCAAGGCACAUCAAGGCUUUGGAUGGGUUGGAGAAUGGGCAAACACUGGAAACGAAUUAGGCAAGAAUACAGCUGGAAAUUGUAACGUGAUCCGCCUCCAGACGCUCUAUCACGCAGACAAGCAGAAGACUGACCUAUACAUUCUUGAACUAGUGACGUGGCUUCACCACUUGAUAAACCUAGUGAGACAGAGAGAUCAUGGUUUCAAGUCCAUGCCUACUCGAUCUCCAACUCGUAAAGGACUGGUUUUUCAAACCAAGAUGCAAGGGAUUCAAUCCCUGAACCAUGGUGCCCAACUUUCUCAAGAAGAUCGAGGUUUGUUAGCCAAUGUGUGUUACGGAAGAUUGGUGCUGGGAAGAAGCAAAAGUCAGGGAUUUUCUGUAGACAAGAAAAGAGGGCAGGUUUGGACAUUGAGCAGGAGCACUGGAAACUCACCAGUUAGAGGUUUUGCUGCAAGAAAAAGUUUGGAGCAUCAAAAAACUAAUAUUUUGGAUGUUAUGGAUGGUCUAGAUAACACAAUAUAA